AUGUCCAAACAUCACCCCGAUCUUAUUAUGUGCAAGAAGCAACCAGGCAUUGCUAUUGGUCGUGUAUGUGAAAAAUGUGAUGGAAAAUGUGUUAUAUGCGAUUCAUACGUUAAACCUCAAACAUUGGUAAGAGUAUGUGAUGAAUGUAAUUAUGGUUCAUAUCAAGGUCGUUGUGUCAUUUGUGGUGGUGUUGGUAUCUCUGAUGCAUACUAUUGUAAAGAAUGUACUAUACAAGAAAAAGAUAGAGAUGGAUGUCCUAAAAUUGUUAAUCUUGGUAGUUCAAAGACUGAUCUAUUCUAUGAAAGAAAGAAAUAUGGAUUUAAAAAGAGAUAG